AUGACAGAAACUCGACAAGUCGUUGUCUCUCGCGGCAUAUGCCAUGGCCUACCGACAUACCCUGAGACGCCUGAAUUGACCGGCCUCACAGCAAUCAUCACUGGCGCCAACGGCAUUUCGGGCUAUCAUAUGCUGAAGGCUCUGGUGGCCGCUCCUCAACGUUGGAAAAAGAUCUAUUGCCUUUCACGACGCCCUCCGCCGGACUACUUUUUCUCUGACCUAGGAGACGGGGCCAGUCGUGUCGAACAUAUAUCUUCUGACUUUUUAGCGGAGCCUGCAGAAGUUGCAAAGUCAUUGACCAAGAUCUCGAACGUGGACUACGUCUUUUUCUUUUCAUACAUGCAGCCAUCACAAAAAGGAAACAUCCUGGGGAUGUGGUCGAACGCCGAGGCGCUCGCGGAAGUCAAUUCCGCCCUACUACGCAACUUCCUCGCCGGUCUAGAGCUCGCCUCGCUACAGCCACGACGAGUUCUCCUCCAAACCGGAGCCAAACACUACGGUUUCCACAUCGGCCCCGCCACCAGCCCAUCAUUCGAAUCCGACCCGCGCGUCACCCUCGAAGCAAACUUCUACUACCCCCAAGAAGACCUAUUACAGUCCUACUGCCAGCGCACAGGCGCAAAAUGGAACGUCGUCCGUCCAUCCUACAUCAUCGGCGCCGUCCGCGACAACCUUCUCAACCAUAUGGUCGGCCUGGCCGUCUACGGCGCUGUCCAGGCGUACUUGGGCCAGCCACUCGCGUUUCCAGGCGACUAUGUAGCCUGGGACCGCGAAUACUGCCAGAGCACGGCGCUACUUAAUGCCUACCUGGAGGAAUGGGCCGUGCUGACUCCCGAAGCGGCAAACGAGGCUUUCAAUGCUCAGGACGGUUUGCCGUUUACCUGGGGUCGGUUUUGGCCGUACCUUGCGAAAUGGUACGGGACGACCUUUACGCCGCCGGAAAUGGAUGAGAAGAAGUAUAGGGUUUAUGUGGCGAGACAUGAUCAGAAUCCUAGAGGAUAUGGUCCACCAGCAAUUACUCGCUCCACUUUCUCCCUCCUCGAAUGGUCCGAAUCGCCUGCGGUCGUGAAUGCGUGGAAGGAAUUGACCGCAAAACACGGCCUGUUGCUCGACCCGUUCAAGGACCGCGCGCAGAUUUUUGGGAUGACGGAUAGUGCUGUUAUCGGAGGCUGGCCUUUGUCUCUGAGCGUGCGGAAGGCGAGGAAAAUGGGCUUUUUGGGGACGGUCGAUUCGUAUGAGUCGGCGUUCCAUUGCCUGAAGGAUCUGGCGAGGUUGAAGGUCGCGGUGCCGUUGGCGGUGGGGGAAUAUGAGGAUGUGAUUUGA